AUGACGGAUGAUAGCGGCACUUCUCGGUUGAAAGACGAAAAGGAAAUAUCAGAGACUGUCAUGAGAUGUGGAACGGCUCUCGUGAAAUCCACAAAAGUCCUCCCUAAAAGAGGAGGGGAUUUUGAGUUCUGUAACUCAUUUUCAACGUUUAAUGGACUUGUUGAACAACAAAAGGAUCGAGUUCUUAGAUUGAUGUCUGAAACAUUACGAGUGGUGGGUUAUCCUACAAGGUUUCCAAAAGAUGUUAGUAUCGACUUAAUGACGGAUAUGAUGGUAAAUGGUUGCGAUAAUGUAGCUGAAAGAGCUGGUGUACUCAUGGAUGUAUUAGAAAGAGCUGGUAGAGAUGAAGAAGUUAAAGUUCCCCAAGUUAUAGUUGGAGCUGAAUCGACCAAAAGAGCUGAAGCUUCUAAAGUUUUGAGCACUGACACCUAUUUUAAUAUUGCUGAUCGUCUACGUGCAGCUCAUGAGGAGAGGGAAAAGUUAAAAUCCCGGAAAACAGUUACAGCUGUUACUAAGCCACAGAAGGAGUAUAAAAUUGCACCCCUGAUCGAUAAUUCUAGCUCCCCAUUUAUUAACAAAUUGAGAAUUAAACAUAAUGCCCGCGAGAAAGGCAGGCAAGGAAUGAAAGUGAUUGACUUAGAAGAAGGAAAUUCUGCUUGGCCAGCUGAGGAAUUAGGUUCUGACCACCCAUACAGAGUUGAGUUGGAACAUUUCCAUCCUUCUGAGAAAGAAAUGACUUCAAGAGAAUGCAUUAAACCCAAAAAAUUAGAAGAUACAGAUCUAACCAUUGUCAAUACUAAAGAAGGAUUGGAAAAACUUGUCGAGGUCCUUAAUGGUGUGACAGAGUUCGGAGUCGAUAUUGAGCAUAACUCCCAUCGCUCAUAUUUGGGAUUAACAUGUUUGAUUCAAAUUUCUACAAGAGAUAGAGAUUUCAUCGUUGAUCCUUUUCCUAUAUGGAACGAGAUGUACCAAUUGAAUGAUCCGUUCACGAACCCUAAUAUCCUUAAGGUUUUGCACGGAGCAGGCUCUGAUGUUGAAUGGCUACAGAGAGAUUUUGGUAUUUACCUAGUCAAUAUGUUCGAUACCUACAAUGCUAUGAGGCAUUUGAAUUAUGAGAAGUUUUCUUUGGCUUUUCUCGUACAGAAGCAAUGUGGCGUUGUUCUCGACAAACAGUAUCAAUUGGAUGAUUGGAGAAUAAGACCUUUACCUCAAACUCACUUGAAUUACGCUCGGGGUGAUACUCAUUAUCUUCUCUACUGUUACGAUAAACUGAGAGAAGCAUUGUUGGCUGCUGGAGAUGACAAAAAGAGCCUGUUGGCCUCUGUUUAUGCGGACAGUAAAACAACAUGUCUGAAGACCUAUGAAAAGCCCCACUCUAACUCGGACUAUGAAAAACUUCUGGGUUCAAGAAAUAGAUUUAAUAGUCAACAACUUUUCGCGUUAUCCCAACUUUUCAAAUGGAGAGAUGCUGUAGCCAGGCGAGAAGAUGAGUCUACCCACUACGUUCUCCCGAAUCAUAUGAUGAUGAAAAUAGCCGAGGCAUUACCCAGAGAUGUUCCAAGUGUGUUAGCUUGUUGCAGUCCAGUACCGGUACUAGUGAAAAAACACGCAAUAGAAAUUCAGAGUAUAAUGUAUACGGCUAGAGAGAAACCCGUAGAGAGAACUUAUAUCGAAGAGAAGAUGGCUAGAGGUGAUGAUGAAAGCAUUCUCACCAAAAUUGAUGAAAGGAACAGAAUGAACGCCUCCAACUCAGUUCUCAGAUGUAAACUCGAUUUUUCCCAGUCGAGGUUUGAUGAAGAAGUUGGGGUCAAGCAAUCUGUCACUGAUCUCAGUAAUUUGAGCAUCAAGUCACACAAUGAAACUUUCUUGAACUUUUUGGGAAGUUCUAAGAAAGACAACCGAAAAGAUCUUAUAAUAGACGAUAGUGUUUAUUUCCAAGAUAAAAGGAAAUCUGUUUUGAAAGAAAUGGAGAAUUGGGCCUCUCCUUAUGAGACCUACUGUUUAGGAGUAAGAAUGGCUGAGAAGAAGAGGAAAGCUAUGGAACUAUUGAAACAAUCUGAAACUACUACUGCAGAGAAGAAAUUGUUUUCUCAUCAUGAUCCUGUGGUUUCAAGACCAAGAGUAGUCCACCCUGAGGAAGAUGACGUGCAGCUCUCGACAAAGGAGGCGGGUGGUGCGAUACCUAAGAGGCCUACUUUCACAGACGAUCAGAUUCUUACAAAGAAGGCCCUCAAACGACAAAUCAAAAUGAACCGCAGAGCGGCUGAUAUUUCAACAAAUCUGCCAUCAGCAAAUCAAACCAAUAAUGAAGAUGAAGCAGAUAGCAGUUUUGGAAAACGGAAGAAAGAAGAUGUUAAAGACGAAGUUGUCGACGUUAAGGAAGAGGAGGAACCUGUAGAUUACAGUUCAUUCGACCCUAGUAUGUUCCAUCAGAAACCACAUUCUGGUAAUUUCGAUCCAUUCCAUCAGAAUUUCCGUGUGGAAAGGCAAGGUAAGAUCUCCAGAAGAGGCCGAGGAGGAAAGCACAGAUUAGGUGUUAUGUCUACUUCUUACAAACCAGAAAAGAAAUGA